AUGGCAAGGCCAAAUUACUAUCACUAUGGCAACCUUAUAACGAUUUCUUGUGUUGUGUUGUUAAUAGCUGAGAUUGUAGCAGGCGACGGUGAAGCUGGCUCACUCCUAGGAGGGAAGAAGUUAAUAAUUGGACUUCCUAAGAAAACUGGCUUCACCCAGUUUGUGGAUGUACAACUCAAUUCAAGUAAUAAUAAUCAGAUCGUCAAGAUUACGGGCUAUUCCAUUGACGUCUUCCAUGCGGCCAUAACUUACCUUAAGAGUUUGCAUUACAAUAUUUCUUUCGAGUUUAGGGCUUUCGUAGACGAAGAUGGAAACAGUGCAGGGGAUUACAACGCACUCGUCUAUCAGAUUUUUGAAGGAAAGUACGAUGCUGUGGUGGGAGAUGUGUCGAUUUUGGCACAUCGAUCAAACUAUGUUGAUUUCACAGUACCGUAUGAACCGUCUGAUAUCAAGAUGCUUGUGAAGGUUCGCCACGAUCCACGGUUGAAUAUGUGGAUUUUUGUGCGACCUUUUAGGUGGGAUCUAUGGUUGUCUAUUGCUAUCUUCAGUACUUUUAUAGGAGGUAUCAUAUUGUUAAUGGAACGUACUGUCAAGGAAGAUUCAGCAUUUGAAGAUUCACCAUAUCGGAAACAACUCAGCGGGGUUUCUGUUUUAUGGCUUCCAGUAGAACAAGCAGUUCUGCCUGAAAAAGUAUUGGUUAAGAAUUGCUCUAAGUUUGUGCUGGUGAUGUGGUUGAUACUCGCAUUUGUGUUGAUGCAAAGUUACACUGCAAGCUUGUCAUCAAUGUUGACAGUACAUCAGUUACAACCUCGUUACCUUAGUGAGUAUGACGUUAUAACAGACCCAAACAUUAAUGUUGGACACCACUGUAACUCAUUCAUCGGAGGUUUAUUGAUCGAUGGCUUGAAGAUUGAUAGGUCGAGGGUGAAGAACUACCCUGACAUUAAAGAAUAUAAGGAGGCUUUGGACAAAGGAAGCCUUAAAGGUGGCGUUGAUGCAAUUUUGGAUCAUAUUUCCCACGUUAAGGUCUUCCUCAAGCAGUAUGGUUCCGAUUAUGCCAUGGUCGAUACCAGACAUCGCAUUGGUGGAUUUGCUUUUGCAUUUCCCAAGGGCUCCAACUUAACCUCGUACUUUUCUAGAGCUAUAUUAAAUGUGAGAGAGAGUGGAGAAGUGGACAAGAUUGAGGAAAAAUAUUUUGGAAGCAAUCAUGAGAACUAUGAAGGCCAAGGCUUAUCUACUUCAUCAUCGGACAAUGCAAGUUCCAACCUUACCACUUAUAGCUUUGCAGGUUUGUUCAUGGUAAUUGGAAUUCUUUCGCUUUUAGCUUUGGCAGUCUCUGAAAGUCAUAUUUGGCAAAAACCUGUUAUCCUAGCAAGGACAUAUAGCCGACAAUUGCUGAUGAGUUGGAGCUUUACAAGAACUAGUUCAUUAAAGGGAGGUUCUACAUCAAGAAGAACUAUUGAUGGAGAAGGUUUUACAAUGAGAGAAAACAAUCAAAAUAUUGGAUUGCAAGCUGAUCAUAUAAAACCUUGCCAACUUUUUGAUGUUUAG